AUUAAUUUAGGAAUCGCGUUGCGCAUAUCCGUUAUAAAAGUACGUUUCCCAACUUUCCCUUGAAGAAACUGCACUAGCGGCCUUCGAGAGAGAGAGAGAGAGAAUGGAAGCUAAGGCAGUGUUUGGCGGAAGUCCAUGUCUUUCAUCAUCUCUUCUACGCUUACCAGCUCAGAGAACCUGCAGCGUAUCCUACACUCACAAGCCUAUCCUAGACACCAUCCACCACGACCUUCACUUAGCUGCAUUCCACUCAAAAUCUCAUCUUUUCUCAUAUUCCCCAUCUCGUCCCCAUGCCAAAACCCUCUCCCACAAAACCCGCAUCUUCCUUCCCCACUUGGUUGCUUCAAUGGAACAAGUUGAAGAGACUUACAUAAUGGUGAAACCAGACGGUGUUCAACGGGGACUCGUUGGAGAGAUUAUUUCAAGGUUUGAGAAGAAGGGAUUUAAACUAACUGGCUUGAAGCUCUUCCAAUGCCCAAAAGAAUUGGCAGAGGAGCAUUAUAAGGAUCUCAAGACCAAGUCUUUCUUCCCUAAGCUGAUUGAGUACAUUACUUCAGGUCCAGUUGUGUGCAUGGCUUGGGAGGGUGUUGGUGUUGUUUCGUCGGCACGUAAGCUUAUAGGGUCUACAGAUCCUCUUCAAGCUAACCCUGGCACAAUAAGAGGGGACCUUGCUGUUCAAACAGGAAGGAAUGUGAUUCAUGGGAGUGAUAGCCCCGAGAAUGGCAAGCGUGAAAUAGCUCUGUGGUUCAAAGAAGGUGAACUAUGUCAGUGGACACCAGCUCAAGCACCAUGGCUAAGGGAGUGAUCUUUCACUUGACGCCCAAUUCUUUGAUCCACGCAGUUUUGAAGAAACUCUCUGAGCACCUGUACUUUCAAUGCCAAAUUCUUCUCCCCCUUUUUUUU